AUGUCCGCCAAGGCAAUUCUCGAGGCUGACGGCAAGGCCAUCCUCAACUACCACCUCACCCGCGCUCCCGUCAUCAAGCCGAGCCCUCUCCCCAAGCCAACCAAGCACAACGCUCCGCCGCGGCUGGCCUCGCUGCACUUCCCCGAGGACGCCAACGUCGGCGACAUCCUGAACCAGGCCGAGGUCACCUACCCUUGGCUCCUGCAGCCGGGCGCCAAGUUCGUCGCGAAGCCCGAUCAGCUCAUCAAGCGACGAGGCAAGAGCGGUCUCCUGGCCUUGAACAAGGCCUGGCCCGAGGCCAAGGCGUGGAUCGCCGAGCGUGCCGGCAAGGAGCAAAAGGUCGAGCACACGACGGGCGUCCUGAGACAGUUUCUCGUCGAGCCCUUUGUCCCUCAUCCCGAGGGCACCGAGUACUACAUCAACAUCAACUCCGUCCGCGAUGGCGACUGGAUCCUCUUCACCCACGAGGGCGGCGUCGACGUGGGUGACGUCGACGCCAAGGCGGAGAAGCUUCUGAUCCCCGUCGACCUCUCCGAGUAUCCGUCCAACAAGGAGAUCGCGGCGACGCUGCUGAAGAAGGUGCCCGAGGGCGUCCACAACGUGCUCGUCGACUUCAUCACCCGCCUCUACGCCGUCUACGUCGACUGCCAGUUCACCUACCUCGAGAUCAACCCUCUCGUGGUGAUCCCCAACGCCGACAAGACGUCGGCCGACGUCCACUUCCUCGACCUGGCCGCCAAGCUGGACCAGACGGCCGACUUCGAGUGCGGCGUCAAGUGGGCCGUGGCCCGGUCCCCGGCCGCCCUCGGCCUCACCAACGUGGCGGCGGCCAACGGCGAAAAGGUCAACAUCGACGCCGGCCCGCCCAUGGAGUUCCCGGCCCCCUUCGGCCGCGAGCUGACCAAGGAGGAGGCCUACAUCGCCGACCUCGACGCCAAGACGGGCGCCUCGCUGAAGCUGACGGUGCUCAACCCCAACGGCCGCAUCUGGACCCUCGUCGCCGGCGGCGGCGCCUCGGUCGUCUACGCCGACGCCAUCGCCUCGGCCGGCUUCGCCGACGACCUGGCCAACUACGGCGAGUACUCGGGCGCGCCCACCGAGUCGCAGACGUACCACUACGCCCGCACCGUCCUCGACCUCAUGCUCCGCGCCCCCAUGAACAAGCAGGGCAAGGUCCUCUUCAUCGGCGGCGGCAUCGCCAACUUCACCAACGUCGCGAGCACCUUCAAGGGCGUCAUCCGCGCCCUCCGCGACUACGCCACCCAGCUCAUCGAGCACAACGUCCAGAUCUGGGUCCGCCGCGCCGGCCCCAACUUCCAGGAGGGCCUGAAGAACAUGAAGGCCGCCACGCAGGAGCUGGGCCUCAACGCCAAGAUCUUCGGCCCCGAGAUGCACGUCUCCGGCAUCGUGCCCCUCGCUCUCGUCCCCGGCAAGUGGGAGGAGAGCAAGGCCGAGGAGUUCCGGGCCUAG